AUGGGAGUCCCGAAGUUCUACCGAUGGCUCUCCGAGCGGUACCCGCUGCUGAACCACACGUGCGGCGCCGGUACGGUCCCCAUCAUCGACAACCUGUACCUCGACAUGAACGGCGUCAUCCACAACUGCUCGCACGGCGCGGGCACGGACAUCAACACGCGAAUGACCGAGGACGAGAUGAUGGCCAAGGUGUUCGCGUACCUCGACCACAUCUUCCGCAUGGUGCGCCCGCGGCGGCUCCUGUACAUGGCGAUCGACGGCGUCGCGCCGAGAGCGAAGAUGAACCAGCAGCGCAGCCGUCGAUUCCGAUCCGCGCUCGAGGCGAAAAAGGCGAAAGAAGAGGCGAUCGCGAAGGGCGAGCCGGAGCCGUCCGGGGAGCCGUUCGACUCGAACUGCAUCACCCCCGGGACGCCGUUCAUGGCGAGGCUGAGCGAGCACCUCCGGUUCUACGUCAUGAAGAAGCAGACGGAGGACCCGCAGUGGCAAAAGGCGACGGUGAUCCUCUCCGGGCACGAGGUACGAGGCGAGGGCGAGCACAAGAUCAUGGAACACAUUCGGUGGGCGCGGGGCGAGCCCGGGUGGGACCCGAACCAGACGCACUGCCUGUACGGCCUCGACGCGGAUCUCAUCAUGCUCGCGCUCGUGACGCACGAGCCGCACUUUUGUCUGUUGAGAGAGGUGGUCAAAUUCGGCGGCGGCGAACGCGGGCAACCGAGCCGAGAGGUGAUGCAAAACCCCACGGACGACGGGUUCUUG